AUGGGUAUUCAAGUGAACAACGACAACAUAGAACGCCUUGUUGGGAGAGAGGACCUUAAGUCAAUAACAGAUUACAGUUCAUUGAAAGACAGCAAAAGUAAACAUUCAGGCUCAGGAUGGCUUGUCUUAGCGUUUCUCAUGUUCAACGGUACAUUAGGUGGAGGACUUUUAAACCUUCCAAUUUCCUACCAUCGUGCUGGAGGGGUCAUCUCAGGAAUAGCUGUACAGUCAGUUUUCCUCGUGUUUCUAGUGCCCACAGUGCUCGUCUUAUGUUACUGUUCCGACAAAUCAGCCAGUAGCACCUAUCAAGAUUUGGUGCUGUCCAUUUGUGGCCCUAAAGCCCAGCUAGCUUGCGCUAUUUGUAUCUCUCUGUCCAACUUUAGCACGUGUAUAAUGUUUCUAGCUAUAAUAGGUGAUCUAUGGGAACUGUUUUUUCUAAAUGUAGCUCGUGACACUUACUGUACUACAAAUCCAUUCUACAUGACCAGAGCCUUUAUAAUAUCGGUCACGUCUAUAGCCUUCAUACUACCAUUGUGUUUUCCCAAAAGAAUCGAUUUCUUAAGAUAUACCAGUAUCCUUGGUGUUUUGGGUGUUAUUUACAUGGUUGGUCUCGUUACCUUCAAAUAUUUUCAAGCACAUGAUAAUCAAGGAAAAAUUGAAACGCGUCCACAUUCCUGGAUCGAUGUCAUCCUUGUUGUCCCAGAUUUUUGUUUUGCAUAUCAGUGUCACCUAAACUCAGUCCCCAUCUACUCGUGUUUGGCCAAGCGUAAUAUGCGAGAGUUCUCUAAAACAGUAACACUCGCCAUGAUAUUGUUUGUCGUAACAUACACGGUCACUGCAGUUCUGGGAUAUCUACAGUUUGGCGACCAUGUCACAAAUGACAUAUUGCUGUCAUUUAACCCAACGACUGAUGUGAUGGUGGCUGUCGUAUUUUAUUCUGUCAAAACAUAUACCACCUACCCUAUUUUAUGCUUCUGUGGGAAGGCAGCGUUUGACACAGUGUGGAGCAUGUUGUGGAAAAUGAGCCCAGAAGAAAUUUUGUACAGAGAAAAGACGAGACGCGUCAUAACGACAUUGGUGUGGUUCACCUUGACCUUGAUACUCUCAGUUUUCAUUCCGAAUAUAGGCGUGGUCAUAGAGAUUCUUGGGGCUUUUGCUGCAGCUUACAUUUUUGUUUUUCCAGGUCUGUGCUUAUUGAAGACGAUGCAGGAUAGACUGGAAUCAGGCGAGAAACAAAAUAAGAAAGUCCACUUAUUAAGAGUGAUCGCCAUAGUUUUUAUUGUUGUUGGCGUAUUUAUAUUUGGGCUUACUUUGUCCAAAGCCAUAAUGAAGGACAUUAAGGGUGUCAAACCAGACUCUUCCAUAUUCACGUGUAGUAUGGUACAUUAAACAGUUUUAUUGAUAUAAAUACGAACAGGAGAUAUGAGUUUUAAGCUUCAAAUACAAGUUUUUUUUAUUAGCAAUUAAACAUGAAUUACAUCAAGAGUCUAUUUUAUAAAACAUUAAUCUCCUAAGGGAAAUAAU